AUGAAUACAAAUUUCUCGUCCAGUCGAGAAUCAUCUGCGGCUGUUGGUUUGAAUGCUUUUCAAAACAAAUUCUCCAAUACAGUUAUUGAUUAUUCACCAUGGAUGAGACAACAAGCAAGAUCGGCACCGCCAGUCAAACCUAAACCCACUGUUAUCGUUCAUCCUCCACCUGAACGAGGUGAAACUAAAUGCUCCGAGGUUUGUUGUCGACAUUUACGUAAGAAAUCUGCUCCCGGCCAACAUGUUAUUCCUGACAAUCCCGAGAAAAUCCAAUGGUUAACAUUCCAGUUGCACAUGCAUCAAACACGUAUAGAAACAUUUCUCCAACGAGAAAAUCAAUUGAAAGAAGACAAUGCUAAACUACGAGAGAUGAUUAUUAAUACGGAACGUUCAAGUCAUGAAACAGUCGCUGCUAAUUUACGCCGUUUUGAUCAAUACAAAAAAACGAUCUCACUUGUUGAAACGAAACAAAGUGAAGAAAAACAAGAAUUACUCGAGGCGAUCAAUUCCGAACGAAAAAGAAUUGUCAAUGAAUUAGAGAUGUAUGAAAACCAAGUUUUAGAAUUAGAUGAGCAGAUAGCUGAACAACAGCAAUUAUUAAAGAAAUUAAAAACAUAUAAAGAUACCGAAUAUCCGGAGAAAGAACGUAUCCUUCAGAAAUUAUUGCAAGAAAUCGAUGAAAUCAAUCUUUUCGACUCAGAAGAAGUUGACGAACUGACCCGUAUCCUUGAAAAACAACAAAAACACUAUUUAGAUAAACUUCAAACAACUGUCGCAAGAGUCCGUGAAGAACAAGCCACGGCCGCCUUCUCAACUAUGCAUAAAUCUUAUCUUCUCGUUGCACUUGAUAAUGAUCAUAUGCGCCAAGAAAUCAAUAUUCAAGAAGAAAAACUUCGUCUCAUAGAAAUCGAAAUCGAACACAUCAGAAAAUUGAACGCUCAAUUGAAACAACAGCAAAAGGAAGCAUUCCAUCCUCGAACGUUAUUUCCACAUGUUUUCCGACAUGAGACUUUACCAAUUUGUACACCUGAUAUGGACAUUGUAUUGGAUUUACCUGAUCGACGAUCACCAUUGCCUGUUUAA